AGACCUAUUUCAAGUAAAGUUUUGGUCAUUCAUUCCCAUCAUCUCAGGUUUCCGAAACAUGCCUGUCUCAUGUCGAUUGCUAUUUUUGGUUGCUGUACUUGGAACCAUUGCUAAUGCGCAAUUCUUCUUCAACCAACCCUUCAAUCAGCCAUUCAACAAUUUCUUCAACCAGAGACCGUUCCAACUGUUCCAGCCUACAACUCCCCCGACAACAACAACAACUGUAGAGUUCAUUCCGGACCCCGACAAGGAACAAGGCAACUUUCCAAUGCCAAACCCGGCAAACUGGCCAGUUGGGCCUGAUUGGAAUGAUCCUAGAAACACAAAUGAGCAGCAGUUGGGAUGGGGAGGCAACGGUCUUAUUGGCACCACUUCAGCUAAACCGUCUAUUGUUGUCUCAACCACUACCACAACAACCGCACAGCCAACUACAGCAAUUGCUACUACUACUAUCAAUACUAUUAUUAGUUCAACCGUUCGACCAAUUGUAGUCACUAAGAAGCCACUUCCAGUAUUGUCCAAGAAGCAGCCAGCAAAGAAGCGUUCUUCUUCAAAAAGAGCCCUGGUGACUCCAGUUCCACCAGCGAAACCCGUAAAGUCAAAGCUGACAUCCAAGCGAAGCAGUUUUAAAAAGUCAAAGGCUAGCUCUAGAAGAAGAAGCCACAAAGUCUAAUCGUCUUUUUUUUUCAUUACUCAUUGUUUUAAAUAUACUCCCCGCUUAUUUUGUAUAUAAAAUGUUUUACUACC